AUGUCCGCUGAGGAAGCCCCUGCGCAGGGCGCAACGCCCGGAGAGCGUAUUGCCAUUGGGAUCUCAUUCGGAAAUUCCAACAGCAGCAUUGCUGUGACUUCAUUCGAUGACAAAGCUGAGGUUAUUGCAAAUGAAGAUGGAGAUCGUCAAAUCCCUACAAUAAUCUCUUACGUCGAUGGGGAGGAGUACAACGGUCAGCAAGCAAAGCAACAGCUUAUUCGGAAUUACAAAAACACGGUCGCAUACUUCAGAGACUACCUAGGACAAGACUUCAAGUCGAUAGAUCCUACCCACUCCCAUUUCUCUGCCCACCCCAAAGAGCACGACUCGACAAUCGCAUUCACAAUUCAAGACAAGGAAGAGGGCGAGCCAUCCACUGUUACCGUCUCUGAAAUUGCCACACGCCACCUGCGCCGUCUGAAACAAUCUGCUAGCGAUUAUACUGGCAAGCAAGUCAAUUCUGCAGUCAUUACUAUUCCCACAAACUUCAGCGAGAAGCAAAAAGCAGCCCUCACAAAGGCAGCAGCGGAUGCCGGCUUGGAGGUAUUGCAGCUCAUCCACGAGCCAAUCGCCGCGCUAUUAGCAUAUGAUGCCCGCCCAGAGAGCAAGGUCGCGGAUAAAAAUGUGGUUGUGGCAGAUCUUGGUGGUACUCGAUCAGAUGUUGCAGUUAUUGCAUCGAGAGGAGGCAUUUACACCAUCUUGGCUACGGCACACGACUACGAAUAUGCUGGUGUUCAACUGGACAAGGUUCUGCAGGAUCACUUUGCAAAGGAUUUCAUUAAAUGGCACGGCACCGACCCUCGAGAAGAUCAACGAAGCAUGGCCAAGCUAAAGCUUGAGUCGGAGGCUACGAAAAAGGCACUGAGUAUCGGCACAAAUGCCAACUUCAGCGUGGAGAGUUUAGCUGAAGGCGCGGAUUACGCAUCAACCAUUAACCGCCUCCGCUACGAGACAAUUGCCCGCAAGGUCUUGGAUGGAUUCAACCGACUUAUCGAGGGCGUUGUUGAGAAGGCCGGUCUCGACGUACUUGAGAUCGACGAGGUCAUCCUCUCUGGAGGAACCUCCCACACCCCCAAAAUCGCAAAGAACUUCGCCGCUAUCUUCCCCGAAUCAACUACCAUCCUCGCUCCCUCCACCACACCCACCGCCAUCAACCCAUCAGAACUCCAGGCCCGAGGAGCAGCGCUCCAAGCAUCCCUGAUCCAAGAGUACGAGACAGAAGAUAUCGAUCAAUCUACACACCCCGCCGUCACCACCGUCAAGCACCUCACCAACGCCGUCGGUGUCCUCUCCAUCACCGGCGACGAGAGCAAAGGUAUCUUCACGCCUAUCCUCUCUGCUGAGACUGCCGUCCCCGCACGAAGAACGAUCCACAUCAAUGUUCCUAAAGAGGGUGGUGAUGUUCUUGUCAAGAUCGUCGAAGGAGGAUCACACAUCAAGGUCACAAAGGAAGAGCCUGCAGAGACAAACGGCAACAAGGAUGACAGCGAUGAAGACAGCGACGACGAGCCCGAGGAACGCCGGGAAAAGAUCUGGAAGGUCGGAAAGGUGCUGGCUGAGGCGAGUGUAAAGGAUACAAAGAAGGGUGGCAAGGUCGAGGUUAUGAUUAACGUAGCUGGCGAUUUGGCGGUCACUGUCACAGCAAGGGAAGUUGGUGCCAAAGGAGGCGUGCGAGGAACUUUAAGUGCCCCUUGA